GAGUACUGCGUGGUUGUGGGAGCUUCCUCGACUUUCAUCUCUCCUACGUCCACUUUCUCUGCUCCUGAUCCUGUAUUUCUUGCGUCCCGUCCAGCCUGCAUCUCUCGCCUUGCCCAUAAGCCACCAUGUCCCUCCCCCGAGGCGUCGCUCUGCGACACAUGCAGGCUCUCCCCGCGAGUCGCUCCCUCCUCCGGACCCAACGGCGCUGGGCGCGUGUUCACGACGUCCGCUUCGUAACCACACAUAGAAAUCAAGAGAAGGUUUUGGACCGCUAUAGACACAAGCUGGAGCAGAAGGCAAAGAACGAAGGCCAUGAUUCCGUAUCCUCCCUCACAGAAGCCUACAAGGAUAAAAUAAAAGACUACAAGCGUGCAGCCAAUGCCGGAUAUCCAUCUGCACCUACGGGCCAGAGCCCGCAAGCACAAAAGUCUCCAUUGCAACAGCCUCCGCCUCCCCCACCUACUCAGCAGUCAACAUCCCCAGCCAGCCAGCCACAAGGGAAGUCUUCGGCUGCAAACCACGCUUCGGGCGCACCGGGAAUAAAGCCUCUCUCCUCGUACCUUGACCUUGAAAAAGUGUCUUCCCUGCCAAAUAAAGAGGUGGAAUACAUCUGGCGACUUCGGCACGCAAACGACCCAUUGUCGCUUUGUGCCGUCAUACCGCUGGAAACGUAUAAUCGCAUUUACCGCACUGCGAGAAAACACCCACAAUUUGUCCUCCCCUUACCUCGCCCUGUGGCCGAGGAUGGCAGCGGCGACAUGAAACAAUCGUCCGACGGGUUCAGAGGCGAUGAACAACGGUCUGCUGCGGAUAUCCAUUUCUUGCAAUGGGGGUUCCAUCCUCCUUCAGGAGCCCCCUCAAGUCCGGAUGUGAAGACUUCAAAUACCCACAUGAGUACCGUGCUCUUCACGCACUUGGCCGCCUUCAAGCUCCAUGGAACCUAUGCUCAGCCACAUACGACAAUCACGCAUCACCUUGAUCUCGCGGACUCGCAUGGCCUGGUCUUGUUGAACGGAUCUGUUGUCAAAGGGCGGGGAGUGAGUGUAGAAGAAGGCCGUUGGCUUUUGAUGUGCCUCCAGAAAUUCUAUGACUAUGAAGGCCACGGAGGGGGCAUUGGACGUGAAAAGCGGCAAGGACUUUUGGAGAAAUUCAGCAAGGGCGACCAGGAAUUCAAUCUGGAAGAACUGGUCGAUGAGGCCGAGAGGAUAUCAUGAAGAGGGGCCGCCUCGUUCAUUCGCCGACAGGUUCGCUCCGUAACUGGUCACUGUCGACAUCGACAUUGGCUCUCUUGGGCUUCUCCCCUCGUGUACCUCUCAGCACUUCCCGGAUCAGGAAUCCCCAGAUCGCCUCAAAGUAGCCUGGUUCUGCCACGGUCGAGUUAUGGUCUCCAUUGGGGAAUUCUUUCCAGACCUUCGCGGUCGGGCAUUGCUCGAAGAGGGACUUCAUCAUGGAUGGUGGUACGAUCUCAUCCCGCAGGCCGGAAAGAAACAGAACGGGAAUUUCUGCAUCUUCCACCUUGGCCAAGCUUUGUUCUGAAUCCCAUCGCUGGUGACACAGAUACGAAAGGUAUUUCGCUGCUGGCAUGAUCGAUGGGAUCAACUUGCGAAUGGACAAGAAGGUAUUCUCCAAGAUGACAGCGGAAAUGUCACCAACGUGAUAAUUUGUCUGCAGCAGCUUGAUCGCAAGGGCUCCACCCAGACUCUGGCCGUAUAGGACAAUGUUGGUCUUUCUCAGCUCUUUAUGGUUGCGCACAAAGUCGAGGGCAGUUUGCCCGUCGAUGGAAAGUCCAUCUUCGCUCGGCGAGCCUGUCGACAACCCGUAACCUCGAUAUUCGACCAUGAACACAUGACAGCCCAAACUCUGGGAGAGGACUUUGCCUAUGGGAAGGCGGUGGCCAACAUUGCCAGCAUUGCCAUGAAAGGUCACGAGAGUGACAUUCUUUCUCAACGAAGGAUCGGAAGGGCGCAGGAGGUAGGCAUGGAGGGUCUCGCCGUCCGGCGUGGGAAACUUUAUGGAUUCUGCGUCCUGAAUACCAUACUUCUCAGGAGGGUCCACAUUCGUCCUUGAACCGGCAGGUAGAUUUGCGGGGUAGAUAAUGUCGUUUUGUUUGAAAUAAAGGAGGCUGCUUCCGAGAGCUGCGAGGCCUGAUGUGGCGAAGACGGGUAUGCGUAACCAGGAGAGGUAAGAAGAAGUCAUGGCGACAGCUUCAUCCAAGCGCAGCUUGGCUAGGGUGUGAUUGAAUUGCGGGGGCAAAUAGGACCUGAGGACGGAGUACAUCCAGCAAGGUGACUUGUAGGAGACUAAGAAUGACGAGCAAAAGCUUCUGGGAAGAAAAUGCGGCUCUAUAUGUGCGAAGUGAAGGGGAUAGAGUGAGCGGUGUCUGAGAGGCUCGAAACUUGGGGUUCUUGACUGGGAAAGCAAGGCAACACUUGAUGUUUGGAAGGUCGACACUUGGUGGCACGGCUCCUGCCAUGUUGGGUACCUUGGAGGUAGAUUUGGCGAGCUUAGACGCCUGGACCGCCAAGGGCCGUCUAAUUAAGCGCCCCUGGC